GAGUAGUGUCUAACUUGCUGUACUUAUAAUUCAGUAACCAUAGUGAUGUUGUAAGCAUGGAAAUGUGUUGCCGAGUAGUUUGUAUUUUUAUAUUUUUAUGGGGUCUUCUUGGUGUAGAUGGACAACACAGAUCAACCCCUAUUGGUUACGAUGCAGGACUUGAUCUGUUUGAUGGAGUUGAACAAACGAGUUUAAAGAAUUCUGCCUGGAAGUUUCGAUCAAAAACACCUCCAGUUAUUGUUCAUAAGGAAAAUCAUAAUGAUGUUUUACAUGAUAUGAAUUCCUUUUCUGUUGAACUUAAAGUAAAAAUAAACCGAAAGCCGAGUAUGUCGGUGUUUCGAAUCACAAAUAACUCAAAUAUAUUGUUCGACGUUAUUCUUGAUCAAUCCAACAUCUCAAUCAACUUUAUAAACAACCACGGAGAGAAGGAAGUGAUCAAUUUUCUAUGGACCAGACCUUUAUUUAAGAAGUGGGCCAACUUUGUAGUAUCAAUCCACAAUGGACGCAGCAAAACAAUGAGUUUGUGGGACUUUACACAUACCCCACAAACUAAUGCAAUACCAAAUGGAAUAUCAAAUUUAUCUCUUCAAUACUUGAACUUAGAGGUUGCUGGAAAAAGCACAAAUGCAAGAAUAGCAUAUUCAGGCCUUAUUAGCAAAGGAUAUAUACACGUUCCAGCAGUUGAAAUUCCACUUGACACAGGUUUGAAAGAAAGAGGGUUACUCAAGAAGAGCAGCGCGCUUAGGAAACCGUCUUCAAGCUCAGACACUAGUGAUGGGUUAACACAACACGCAAUAGUCACCAGAGUUGAUAGACAAGCAAAUCGACAAAUAGACCAAAUACUACUGGAUCUUAGGAACCAAAUAACUGAAUGUAAGAAUGAGAAUUUACAAAUGAAAAACAUGAUGAGUAUGAUCAAAGGAAUACAGACCACGCUUGAGGAUAGAGUGGCCACCCUGGAGAGAUGCGAGUGCACACCAGUGUGUAUUGCAUCUGAUGGAAUGAAGAAAGCACAUGAUGAAUCAUGGGAAGAGGGAAGAUGCACGCGAUGUGUUUGUUCACAUGGACAAAUUCAAUGUCACAAUAUUACAGCAUGCCAAACAUUAAGUCCAUGCGAAAGUAAUCCCUGUCAAAACUAUGGUGAAUGCGUUGAUGGACAGGAUGGCUUCACAUGCAGGUGCCGUGCUGGUUUUAUUGGUCAUUUAUGUGAAACCACUGACCAAUGUUACCGGGUCAACUGUAUGAAUGGAGGUGAAUGUCGGCAACGUGCUGGACGCUUCUAUUGCAUGUGUCGACAUGGAUUUAUUGGCCAACACUGUGAAAGUGUAGAUUAUUGUAGCAGGAACCCCUGUCAUAAUGGGGCUCAGUGUGUAAAUGAGCGUGAUACAUACAGAUGCGUGUGUGCAGCCGGCUUCACUGGUCAGGAUUGCAGAUAUGAGGAUGGCUGCUUAUCACAACCUUGUGUUAAUGGUGGAGUUUGUGAAAGCACUCUUGGGGAUAUACGCGAAUAUACUUGUGCAUGUACAUCAGAAUAUACUGGAAGAAAUUGUGAACUUAUAAAUCAUUGUUCAUCACAGCCGUGUUUUAAUGGAGGCCAAUGCACAAAUACAGGCAUAAGUUUUCGGUGUCAAUGCCAUCAUGGGUUUGUAGGUGACGUGUGCGAUCAAGUGGAUCAUUGUUCUGCUCAGCCAUGCAUGAACGGGGCUUCAUGUUCAAAUGUCGGUGAUGGAUUUCAAUGUCACUGUACAAAUAAUUAUCACGGUCGAUUAUGUGAGAGACGGGAUGCAUGUUCUUCAUCACCGUGUUUAAAUGGUGGUUCAUGUGUUGAUGACGGUAGAGGGGAAUAUUCAUGUGUUUGUACAAAUCUAUAUUAUGGUGAACGAUGCCAACUUACAAACCAUUGCUCAAGUCAGCCCUGUCUUAAUGGUGGGACUUGUCAAAAUACAAUGGAUGGAUUCAUAUGCAGAUGCCGCCGAACACACUACGGAGAUUUAUGUGAAAGCUCAAACUACUGCAGAGCUCGUCCUUGUAUGAACGGGGCGACUUGUACUAACGUUCCGCUUAACCCGCGGCAACCAUUUACGUGUACAUGUAUUGCUGGUUAUGUGGGAAAUGUGUGCCAGAGGCAAGACUUCUGUCAACCUAACCCAUGUUUAAAUGGUGCAGAAUGUUCAGUACAAGAUACAACUUAUGAAUGUAUAUGUGUGCAACCAUAUAUGGGCAGAAGGUGCGAGUCGAUUGAUUAUUGUUCGCGCAAUCCAUGUUUGAACGGUGGUCGAUGUAGAAACGAUGACCGAGGCUUUCAAUGUUCAUGUCCGCGUCAAUAUUUUGGCAGAAGAUGUGAAAACGGUCACCCAUGCAGAAACAAUCCUUGUUUAAAUGGUGGGGUGUGUGCAGCAAAUGGCAGAAGAAGUUACACCUGUACAUGUCCAGAAACUCAUUAUGGGCCUGACUGCCAGUCAAUAAAUCAUUGCAUAAGAAAUCCUUGUCUUAAUGGAGGUUCAUGUGUCAAUCAAGAGGGUGGCAGCAUAUGUUUAUGUAGAGACAAUUUCUCAGGCCCAGAUUGUUCAGUAGAAAGAAGUUGCCGUAACAACCCGUGUUUAAACGGUGGAACUUGUGUGGAUGGUGUGAACAUUACAUGCAUCUGUCCUUCGAGCCACCGAGGUGAGCGAUGUGAACAUCGAUGCAACGUUUGUUUGUUACUUCCACAUGCAGGUGUUGAAUGCACAGGUGGUGGGGUGGAGACCUCACAGCGUUGGUAUUUUGAUAAGUUUACUCAGACCUGCAAACCUAUUCAAUACAAAGGGUGUGGGGGUAAUGCUAAUAUUUUUGACACCCGACAAGCUUGUCGUCAGCGUUGCAUCGUUGGUUCAUGUUGUAUGUUGCGCAUAUCAUCAAGUGGUCGUGUUACUAAUAUGUGUAAGAUUAAGUCGUUAAGUCAAUGCAAGAGACUUAACGUUGGAAGAAGAGAUGUUCAGGUGAUUGGAUUUCAAAGUGGACAAGAAUGCAGUGAAACUUCAUGUGGAAUGCCAGAGACAUGCACGGUUGGCUUGAAUAAAUACAUGGUAGGAUCUUCUGUUGAUGUUGGAUGUAAUCGUUCAUGUGUGUGUAGAAGCUCUGGUAUCCUGGAUUGUCCAUGCACUGAAACUAUUGUGAGGCGAGAAUUACGAAGUUAUACAAGUGAUGAAAUAAGUAGAUACCAAAAUGCAAUUAGAACUUUAAAAACCACAGAAUUACCGGGUGGUGUAAAUAUAUGGGAUAGUUUCCGUGAUGAGUAUAUGUUCCGUGCACCUCUGGCACAGUCAAGUUUGUAUUUUCUGUUGUGGAACCGAGCUUUUCUUAGAAAAAUGGAGAUGGUUUUACAAAGAGUUGAUUGUCACAUCACAAUACCUUAUUAUGAUUUUACCAUAGAUGCUGGUUUGAUGAAUGAAUCGAUUGCGUGGCAACCAAAUUACUUUGGUGGUGAUGGGGAGUGUGUUCCUGAUCAUCCCUUCCGCUUCAUUCAAAACCAUCAAGCAGAACCAUGGGAGCCAUGUCUUGUCCGUGACUUCAACUCAUCGGUAACAAUUCCAAAUAUGGUGGACGUUGCGAUGGCAAUAUCAACAUCUAAUAUUAACCAACUGGGAAGCAAUCUAUUAAACAUUGUGUCGUAUGUUAAAGCUUAUAUUGGAGGUGACAUGGCAACAACAUCAUGUGCGUAUGAUCCUUUGUUUUAUUCACUUCAUGCUUAUGUUGAUCAUUUAUUCUCACAAUGGCAACAAAAGCAUCAAGACGUAUCGAUGCCAACCUAUACUCAUUCCAUUCAACUUGGUUUAUCUCCUGAGUUAAUAUGGAUGGGGGCGUGUGUGUCGUACGUUGAUGCGCGGUAUCAUGUACCUUGCAACAGAACCAGCACCUCUGAUGAAUUAUUUGCUGAUGAUGGAUAUAAUUUACAAGGUUAUGAUAGAGAAGGUUUCAACAGGAGAGGUUUUGCAAAGGAUGGAUAUAAUGCGCUUGGUGUUGAUAUCCAUGGUCGACAUGAUACAAGGUCUAUAUUUAUAUAUGAUGGAUACAAUGCCCAUGGAUAUAACAGAUCAGGAUUUGAUAGAAGAGGUUAUAACAAGUUUGGUUUCUGUCAAGGAUACGACAGAGAUGGUUUCAAUGAAGCAGGGUUUGAUAAGACUGGUUACAACCGGUAUGGUCUGGACUCAUUGGGAUAUGAUUCACACGGUUUUAGUAUAUAUGGUGUGUCUAUGGAUGGGGAACUCGAUACAAGCGAGUUUUACAACGAGGAAACUGGAUUGAGUGAUUGUUGUUUUUCAAGAGAUGGGUUUACUGUGGCUGGUGUGGAUAGAUUUGGAUUUACCGCUGCAAGACGAGACCAUUCUCAGUGCGAUUAUUUCUUCAAUGGUCCACAUGCAUUAUAUUACCAACAACAAUUAUGGAACAUCUUGUCACGUCAACCUCAAUCUUUCUUGUUAUCGUUGCAACGAACAUGUGGUUCCUUAUCCUCGCAACCAUCCAUGCAUAUUAUCAACUCAUGGUUGACCAGGAGCUGGUCACUUCUUAAACUUCCUCAUUAUCAUCCUAUUAACACAACUUUUUGUCAAAGAAUGUGCCUUGAUGUUGAUAUGCUGAUGACAUGGUGUCCAUGUUUGGAAGGGGAAUACCCAGCAGUAUGCCACACCAAUCCGUGUGAAAAUGCAUUUUGUCCGUUACACCCAACAGCUCGAUGUCAUAUUAACUUUUGUGGCAGAUCCUGCUCUUCGGAAUUUUAUCUGAAUGGAAGAAGAGUCAAUUGUGAUGAACCAUGCGAUCCUAACCCAUGUCUCAAUGGUGGAACCUGUAUUCCAUCAAGAUAUCCAUCACAAGCAGAAAGUUUCACUUGUCAAUGUUUGAAUGAAUAUUCUGGUUCGUUAUGUGAACGUCCUGCACCUGAUACAUGCGUGUUGCCACGACAUGUGGGGAGAUGCCAGGAAAGUAUGCGACGUUGGUAUUACAACCAAGCAACUGGUGCAUGCGAGGAAUUUCAAUACACAGGUUGUGGCGGGAAUGCAAAUAAUUUUCCAAAUCAAAAGGCGUGCAAUCUACGCUGCUCAGUUGGUGCUUGCUGUUAUAGAGCUGUGCGUAAUGCAAACCUUACAAUUGGUUUUGAUUCAGAUGGUUACGACAAAUAUGGAUUCAAUGAUCGUGGAUAUGAUAGGCAAGGACAACUUCAUUCAUCUCACAAUUCAAUUCCGUUUGGAAACCAAGUGUUGGGGGCCAAGGGAUUUGGUCCAGAUGGUUUUAACAUAUAUGGCUACAAUGAAAGAGGAUGUGACAGACAAGGUUACAAUCAGCGUGGUUAUCAUUGUGUGAGUGGUUAUAACAGGGAUGGUUAUAAUAAAGAUGGUGAAUUCGAUCAACUUAUUGGUUACAACCAAAAUGGUUUAAACACGGAUGGUUUCAACAGAGAUGGUUUUCGUUGCAAUGGGUUGAAUGAAGAUGGUUUUAAUCGGCUCGGGUUUUAUAAAGAAUAUGUUUAUAACUGUCACUCGAUGUCACUGUUUGAAUGUGGAGGAAUGAGAUUAGAUCAUGAGGUUAUUCGGUUUUCACCGGGAAAGUCAUGUGACCAGGUUGAUUGUGGAGAUAAAUGUGGAUGUGUUUACAACGACAAACUGUACAAGUUUGGUGAAACUUUUGAGGAGGGGUGUCAACAAUGCACGUGCACGCCUGCUGGCAGUGUAGAUUGUGUUUGUCAAAACUUGGGAAAAAGGAAAGAAAUAAGAGAUCUAACUCAAAAGGAGAGGAAAGAUUAUGCAACUGCUGUACGUAAACUUUAUGAAAGUGGUCAAUGGGAUUUCUAUGUUAAUCUUCACUCCGAAUAUUUUCCCCAUGCAAAUGGUGGUCCGGCCAGUUUACCAUGGCACAGAUAUUUUCUUAAACUUGUGGAAAGGGAGAUGCAAAACCAGAUGAAUUGUAAUAUUUUCAUUCCUUAUUUUGAUUGGACGAUCGAUGUUGGAUCGCUCAAUACCUCCACCUUGUGGAGCGCUGAGUAUUUCGGUGGAAACGGUGAACCGGAAACAAAUUGUGUUUUAGAUCAUCCGUUUGACUCCACAGAGAGUUGGCAUCCUUGUAUUAGACGAAGAUUUAAUUCAUCCAUGAUUCUUCCGAGCAUAGUUGACAUUCAAAUACUUCUUCAUGAACCAAACUAUGAUGAUUUCAGAAUUCAACUUGAAAUGAUGUCUUCGCUCUUCCAUGUGUGGGUGGGAGGUCACAUGACAUCACCUUUCAGCCCAUACGACCCAGUGUUUUUAUCUCACUGGGCUUUCAUGGAUAAUAUUUGGACACAGUGGCAGAAGAAAGAUCCUAAUGGUGUGUCUCGUUUCCCAUCCACAUAUCGAUACACUCAGUUGAAACCAUUCGAUAUCUCACCCGAUGAUAUUUUAAUAUCUCAACAACAAACCUGCGUCAACUACAUUCCUCCCACUCUUGGAUCUCCAUGCAAUGCAACUUCAUUAACACCAUCAUUGAGAAGAAAUACUCAUGGUUUUGACAGACAUGGAUAUGAUGAGAAUGGAUAUGACAUAAUGGGUUACAACAGAGAUGGUUAUAAUGCAAAUGGUCGACUUGACAAACGUGGAUCAUACAAUGAAGCCGGCUUCUCUGCAGAUGGAUAUCAACGAUCAGGGUUCGAUUCACAAGGGUGGGAUCAAUUUGGUUUCAACUCAAAUAAUUUCAACAAAGAUGGAAUUGACAUCGAAGGUUUUGACAAGUCCGGUUACGAUCAGUAUGGCUUUGAUCGAUCCGGUAGAACUCCUUAUGGAAUGUUCCAGAAUGAAACUUAUGAUCUUGGUGUUGAUGUUGGUCGUGUGGCUUCAUUAUUUGACCAAUAUGGUUAUAAUAGGUUUGGAUUCGAUAACCAAGGAUUAGACCAUAACGGGUUUAAUGCAUUUGGGUUUGACUUGCAUGGGUUUGAUCAGGAUAAUUGUAAUUUCUACCAAUCUGGACCUCAUUAUAUGAGAUUUUACUUCUUUUCGCUGAUGCAAUUGAAACAAAUGCAAAGAAAUACAUUAAGACAGAUCAAGAGAAUAUGUGAACCUAUAUCUGACUUACCGCAGUGGAUAGCAAUGGAUUGGUUACAUGAUCUACCUCGUGUUCAUCGUUUUCAACAAGUCUGGAGAAGUAACACACCGCUUGAUCGUGAUUGGACGGAACGAACAUCCUCUGUCACGGAUGACCAAUUAUGGUUUCCUAUCACGCCAGAUAAACAAUUUUGCUUCAACCUACAAUGGAACAGUGGUUGUCCUCUUGGUUCACCUUUACUUGAUUGUGAUGAAGAUUUAUGUUCCCAAUCUCACUGUGCAAGCCACCCACACGCCAUGUGUAGAGUGAUGAACUGUGGUUCUUGUUAUCCAGAGUUUUAUGACGGUUCGUCUGGAGAAGUCUUCCAAUGUUAUGGUUGCAUUGACAUGCAGAAUAAUGUUCAUAUGGAAGCGUCAACGUGGGAGAAUGAUUGUAAUGUUUGUACGUGUCAGAGUGGUAUGAUAUCUUGUAAUGUUAAGAUGUGUCCACACACAUCAUGUUCCCAUCCAUCUGCUCCUACAUCAUCAUGUUGCCCUGUUUGUCAAGAUUGUGAAUAUGAAGGAGAAGUUUAUAGAAACGGGCAACAAUUUGAACCGAAUGAUUGUGAAAAUUGUGUUUGUGUGUCUGGAUCAGUUACUUGUCGAUCUGUAGCAACCAACUGUCCACAAGUAACUUGCAUCAAUCCUGUUAUGAAACCUGGUGAUUGUUGUUUAUCAUGCCCGAGGUCAUGUGAAGGUCACCGUGAAAGAGAUGAAUGGAGUAUGGGACGAUGUCAUAAUUGUAAAUGCAAGAGAGGGUUAAUGCAAUGCAAUAAAGCACGAUGUCCGGUUGCUCAAUGUUCCCAUCCAUUUAAACCAUCCACCGAGUGUUGUCCUGUUUGUAGAGAUUGUUCGUUUAAUGGAAGAGUUUUGAGGAACGGCCAAAACUUUAUGAAUGAUUCAUGUUCACAAUGCACAUGCGCAUUUGGAAAUGUUGAAUGUGUGACGCAGCAAUGCCCAUCGUUGUCAUGCAUUAAUAAACGAACAAUUCCUGGCAGUUGUUGCCCUGUGUGUGAUAUAGGUUGCUCAUAUCAACGUCAAUUGUACAGAAAUGGAGAAACAUUCCACCCAAACAAUGAUCUAUGUUACACAUGCACUUGUUUGAACAAUGAUGUAAAAUGUUCAGAACCAAGUUGUCCAAAUAUUGACUGUCCAAAUCCGAUCCAUGUAAGUGGCCAGUGUUGCCCACAGUGUAAUGAAUGUUCAUACAACAACCAGAUAUAUAGAAACCUGCAAGUAUGGACAUCCACCAAUGGAUGCAAACGAUGCAUUUGCCAGCAAGGUAAUGUUCAAUGCAGUAGCAUUCAAGCUUGCCAACAAGUUUGUACGCAUGGAGUAAAGAUUGAAGGACAAUGUUGUGAUGAAUGUGUUUCAUGUUAUCGCAAUGGAAGAACUUAUGCAAAUGGUGAAAGGUUCACGAACAGAAGAGACGUUUGCAAACAGUGUGUCUGUCAGGAAGGAAACAUUACAUGCAAUCAAAUAUCAUGUCCAACAUUAAGAUGUGUACAUCAAUAUCAUCCAUCAAAUGAAUGUUGCCCUAAAUGUCGAUCAUGUAUGGAUCGAUCACAAGAGAGAGAACAUGACUCAUCAUGGCAGUUACACAGUGAUCCAUGCAUAACAUGUACUUGUCAGCAAGGCAAGAUUACUUGCGCAGGGCGUGAGUGUCCGCAUGUGGAUUGUGAAUUUCCUGCAACACCAGUUGGUCAGUGUUGCCGGUCAUGUGACGGUUGCUUUUAUCAAGGAAUCUCAUACAGAGAUGGAGAUGUUUUAAUAACGGAAAACAACUGUCAACGCUGCACUUGCACGAGAGGUGACAUUGUGUGUCUACAAAGUUGUCCAGUUGUAUCUUGUGCUUCACCUCAUACACGUGAAGGGGAGUGUUGUCCAAGUUGCAUUAGUUGUGAAUAUGAUGGUGAGGUUUAUGAGGAAGGCAGCACUUUUCUUGCUCCACGCAAUCCAUGCAUGCAAUGUUAUUGUCAGUCAGGUGAGACAUCUUGCGAUCGCAUUGAUGGUCAAUGUCCAAAGACAGAAUGCAGUCAUCCAGGUCGUAGUGUUGGACAAUGUUGUCCUGCAUGUGAUGCUUGUGAAUAUGAGAGACGAUCAUAUCGUGAUGGUGAACAAUUCACACCAGUUGGUUCAUCAUCAUGCUUCACAUGCAUAUGCAAUAGAGGAUCAGUUGCAUGUUCAACAAUCGAGUGUCCUGAGAUUAGAUGUUCAAAUCCUGUUAGCGUACCAACACGAUGUUGUCCUGUGUGCUUAACAUGUCAACACGCUGGUAAUAUAUAUGAUGAUGGGGAGAAGUGGUAUCCAGACGCAUGUACAUCAUGUUCAUGUAAUAGAGGUGCUUCGGAAUGCGUCAACUCACAUUGCAUCGAGGCAGGAUGCUCACAUCCAGUAGAAUUACCUGGUGCAUGUUGUGGAACAUGUGAUGCUUGUGAGUUAAACGGUCGAAUCAUAUCUUCCUCAUCAACCUUCCAACAUCCUGAUGAACCAUGCCAAGUUUGCAACUGCCAGAGUGGUAAUAUAACUUGUCAGCCUCGAGAAUGUGAACAACUUUCAUGUUCUUCCCCAAUUCAUGUGAAUGGUUCAUGUUGUCCAAGUUGUCCUCAACAUUGUGUGCUUGGUGGGCAAGUACAAGUGGAGAAUGGUCAAAGUAUUUUACAUCCCGAUGAUAAUUGCAUGAUGUGCUCAUGCCAAGAUGGUGAUAUCAAUUGCCAGGGGUUGUGUAAUUUAUCUCCGGAGUGUUCGCAUCCAACUGACGGGGCUUGUUGUCGUGACAACUGUGAUGGUUGUCGAUACAGAGGGAGGGAAUAUAGAAACGGUGAAGUUUUUAAUCACGCUCAUGAUAGGUGCAGAUCGUGCACAUGUACUAAUGGUAAUGUUCGAUGCCACACAAAAAGAUGUAAACCAGUGACAUGUGAGAACCCAAUACAAAGCAGAGGUGAAUGCUGCAGAACAUGUCCUGAUGUUUAUUGUCAAUAUAAUGGAACAACGCAUGCUGACCAAGAAACUUUUAUGGAUGGUUGUAAACGUUGCGAGUGUUUAUCUGGUGAAGUAAGUUGUCGACAACGACCGUGUCCUGUUGUAAGGUGCCGACAUCCUCUUCGUGUGGAUUGUUGUAGAUCAUGUGAAGGUUGUCAUAUUAAUGGGGCAAAUUAUCAAAAUGGAGAUGUUGUGACAGAUAGUUCAUCUAAUGCAUGUGAAGUUUGUCAGUGUCUCAAUGGCAACUUACAUUGCUCAGAGAAGACGUGCCCACCCACUGAAUGCACACAUCCAAGUGUGAAAGGAUGUUGUCCUGCUUGUGAAGGAUGCAUGUACAACAGUGUGUCUUAUCAUGAUGGAACGGUAUUUGAAUCAUUUGAAAAUGCGUGCGAACUUUGUAGUUGUAACCAUGGUAACGUGGUUUGUGAAAGAGUUGUCUGCCCACAGUCUACUUGUACACACCCAGACACAACAACCGAUAGUUGUUGUCCGGUGUGUGGUGGAAGGUGUCAGUUUAAUGAUGGUUUAUAUGAAGAUGGUGAAAUAUUUACUUCACACGACGAUGAAUGUAUGUCUUGCACAUGUUUGAAGGGAACAGUUAGUUGUGAAGCAAAACGUUGUAAUGAAGUAUCAUGCAGCAACCCAUCAUCUGGUAUCUGUGGUUGUCCAACAUGCGUUGAUUGUUUUUAUAAUGAAGUCAUACGAAGAAACCGAGAAAGAUUUUCAAAUCCUGAAGACGAACGUUGCUCGGAAUGUUACUGCCAUAAUGGAAAUGUUGUUUGUGGACGUAAACAGUGCCCUGCGUCAACGUGUACACACCCAGCACUAGAUGUUUGUGGGUGUCCGUUAUGUCAAAGUUGUCGCUUCAAUAAUCAAUUGUUUAAUAAUGAAGACGAAUUCAAUGAUCCAGAAAACACUUGCAACACUUGUCUGUGUGAGGAUGGCAAUGUUCAUUGUAGCAGUAGAACAUGCACAGAAGUUAAUUGUCAGAAUCCAACAUUUGAUAAAUGUGGUUGCCCUGUGUGUUUCAACUGUAAUUAUAUGGGGGUAGAUUACACCAAUAAUGAGAGGUUCACCGAUUCUAUGAAUCAAUGCAACCAAUGUGUUUGCACACUAGGUACAGUACAAUGCAUCCAUGUACCAUGCCCCCCAGCUCCUUGCCCCAGCCCUGUAGUAGCACCAGGUGAAUGUUGUUCGAAAUGUAUUGAAACAUGUGAUGUGGGAGGUGCUAUACAUGAUAAUGGAGCAAUCUUUCCAAGCGCAGAUGACCCGUGUUCAACUUGUUCAUGUUCGUUUGGAACAGUACGUUGUUUAAAGUUUGGAUGCGAUAGAUCAUGCACGCACCCACGUGCACAAAGUGAAUGCUGUCCUGAUUGCUCUGGUUGUCUUUACCAGGGUGUUUUGCGAAACGAAGGAGAAUUCUUCACACCAACAAAUCAAUGCAAGCAAUGCUCAUGUUAUCGUGGUAGUGUGCUUUGUAGAGACAUAAGGUGUCCAGUUGUUGAAUGUUCCGACCCACAAACACCUGAUGAUAAAUGUUGCCCAGAAUGUCCAGAAGCACUUACCAAUAUUUGUGUGUUCCACAAUCGUUUGCACGAUGUCGGAUCACGAUGGCUGCAUAGAAGUGAUGGUGGAUGCGGGGAAUGUUUGUGUGAUAAUUUGGGGGCUGUGCAAUGCACAUCUCCAGCUUGUGACACAGAAUGCACACACAGUGUUCCAAGUCUUCAACGUUGUUGUGGAACUUGUAAUGACUGCUUUUAUCAAAACCAAACAUGGAGUAACAAAGAAAGAUUUCAACCGAACUCAUGUCAGGAAUGCGUUUGUACGGAUGGAAACGUACAUUGUGUAACAAAAGCUUGCAGACCAUUAAGCUGUGCCUUGGAAUACCAGGUACAUCAAGAUGAUAAUUGUUGUCCAUAUUGUGCAAGUUGUUCAGCACUUGGACAUUUAUUUAUUGAAGAUGAGGUUUGGUAUUCACCUAGUGAUUCAUGUUUACAAUGCACUUGUCAUAAUGGGGUGGUAACUUGUAACCAUGUCACCUGCAUUGAUGGCUGUCACUCAUCAGUUACUAUUCCUGGUCAAUGUUGUCCUGUUUGUUCAGGAUGUACCUUUAAUAAUCAGGCACACGAAGUUGGAAGCACAUUUGAAAUAAAUCUCAUGGAUCCUUGUGAGAUAUGUGAAUGUUCUCACCUUUUAUCAAACACAACUCCCUCGUAUACAUGUCAGCGUGUGGUGUGUCCUUCAUUGGCUGACUGUCCACGCUCAUGCAUUCAACAACCUCAACCAGGAACUUGCUGCCCAACAUGUUCAAACCAUGGACAUUGCAAUUAUGGGAACUGUGUAUUAUCAAACAGAGGUCAGAUAAUAACACCAUUUGACAACAUGUGUAUGACAUGUGAAUGUAAUAAUAAUACAUGGUUGUGUUCACCUGUUUCAUGCUCUCCACUCAGCUGUGCUCAUGCUGAUCAAUAUACACCAAAGGGGAGUUGUUGUCCUGUGUGUGACAGUUGUCAUCUUGAAGCAGAAAAUCGCGAGAUUGCUUCAGGUUUAUCAUGGAGGGUAGAUGAAUGUAGGUCAUGUGAAUGUAACCAGGGUUCAAUUGUUUGUGUGGAUGAACAAUGUCCACAAGUCAACUGUCCUCGUGGAAUGCUGGUAUAUAAACAAACAGGUGAUUGUUGUGAUCAAUGUGUUGACCCCAUGGAGGGUUGUGUUUAUGAUGGUCACACGGUGGCGCCACAGCAUCGAUGGCUCGUUGAUAAAUGUACUUCAUGUCGAUGUUUUGCUGGUAGGGUCGACUGUGUGACUCAACGAUGCAGAAUGCUGAUGUGUGAUUCUGAUGAAGUUGCAUCAGUUAUACCUGGUGAAUGUUGUCCACGUUGUAUUCCUCAACCUGCAAACUGUGUAGCGUUUGGUGAUCCUCACUACAGGACAUUUGAUGGAAGGAUGAUUCAUUUCCAGGGAACUUGUAGAUAUCUUUUAACAGCUGAUUGCAGUAGAGCUGAUUUCAGAAUUGAAGUUGAAAACAACAACAUUGGUUCAGAUUCUCGAGUUUCUUGGACCAAUCGUGUCUUCCUGACCGUUGCAAAACACAAACUUAUACUAGAUAACAACUACAAUGUGAUACUCAAUGGAACAAGAGUGCCUCAUCUGCCAUUUUUGAUUCAACAUCACGUGUUUAUUGAUAAAUCAGGCAACAACUUGCUUAUAAAUACGCAUUUAGGAGUUCGACUUUCAUGGAAUGCUCUGCAGCGACACCUGGAGGUUGAUGUUCCGAGUAACUACAAAAAGAAACUUUGUGGUUUGUGUGGAAACUUUAACAACAUCCCACAAGAUGAUUUAAGAUUACGUAAUUCAAGGAUAAGUAGAAGUGAUGUGGCAUUUGGCAACAAUUGGAAGGUAUUGGGAAGAAAUAUGCAAGCGUGUCCUGAUGCUGCGGAAUACAAUCCUUGUGAUGUGAUAUCUUACAGUAAAAGAAAACGAGCAAACGAUGCUUGUAAGGUUAUCAACUCUGAUGUGUUCGCAGAAUGUCACCAGGUUGUGAAUCCAGCCAUGUACUUCAGUUCGUGUGUGCAUGAUGUUUGUGCUUGUGGUAGUAAUGAUCAGUAUUGUGUAUGUGAUGUACUUGAAGCAUAUGCAGCCGAAUGCAGAAGAUCAGGUGUUGUGAUGUCAUGGCGCUCACGCCAUUUGUGUGCUAUAGGAUGCCCUGAAGAAAGAGGUUAUGUGUUUGAUGAAUGUGGAUCUCCAUGUAAACGAACAUGUGCCAACAAAAAUCUACCACCUGGUGUUAUAGAAGAUCAAUGUUUUAUGCCGUGUGUAUCUGGGUGUCAGUGCCCAGCAGGAAAAGUGGAAUAUGAUGGCCAUUGUAUAAAUCCACUUGACUGUCCUUCUAACAUUGCAUCUUCUGAAGUACCAGCUUUCAAUGGUGGACACACAAUCCCUCAAGUCUGAUAAUCACCAUGCAGUAUUUUUAACAAUCAGAUUGCUAUUCUUUACUUUUAUACAUCAAGUCAGCAUUUAGCUACUUUCAAUUCUUUUUGUAAAUUUUUUUAUUUGUAUAUUUUUGGUCGUUAUGUUGGUAUAUAUUUAUAUUAUAUACUCAUUACAGUAACGUGUCUUGUACAAAAUGAUUACACAACUAGUCGAAUUUUA